AUGUCUUCAGCCGUCCCGCUCUCCCUCGCCGUCCCCGCCGCCCUCGGCGCCGCCGCGUACCUCAAUGCCCGGCUCUCGUUAUGGUACGACACGCUCAUGCUCGGCGGCAUCCUGCGUGGUGUCGCCGGCAUCGUCUACGGCGGCUGGGUCGACCGCCUCAACCUCUUCUACGCACUCGAGGCCCGCGCCACCAGCGCCACGCACGCUGACAAGACGCUGCUCCUCCUCUUUGAUAGCAGCAGCAGCAGCAGCGGCGGCAGCGGCGCCAACAGCACCUCCUAUACUUACCGCGCCUUCUACGACGGGGUCCUACGCCACGGUGCGUACCUACGAACACACCUUGGCGUCCGGCCUGGCGACGUCGUCGCGCUCGACUUUCAAAACUCCGACACCUUUCUGCUGCUCUGGUGGGGGCUCUGGAGCAUCGGCGCCAAGCCGGCCUUUAUCAAUUUCAACCUCACCAGCACGCCGCUCGCCCACUGCGUCAAGGCGUCGACGGCCAAGGUCUGCCUGGUGGACCCGAAUGUCGCGCACCAUUUCGACGACGAGCUUGUGCAGAGGGAGACGGAGGGCGUGCAGAUUGUCGUGUUUGACGAGGAGCGGCAGGGCGCGGCGCGGACGGCCGAGCCGGUGCGCCGGCCGGACAGCGAGCGCUCCGACAAGGCUACCGGCAGCAUGGGCAUCCUCAUCUACACGUCGGGCACCACGGGUCUGCCCAAACCGGCCAUUGUGUCCUGGGCCAAGCUCAUUGUCAGCUCCAAGUUUAGCGUCAACUUUCUAGGUCGUGGCGACGAUGUCAUGUACACGUGCAUGCCACUCUACCACGCCUCGGCCUCCAUGCUCGGCUUCUGCGCCACCGUCAUGGGCGGGAGCACCCUCGCGCUCGGCCGCAAGUUCUCGACCAAGACGUUUUGGCCCGAGGUGCGCGCCUCCCACGCCACCGUGAUCCAGUACGUCGGCGAGACGCUCCGCUACCUCCUCGCCGCGCCGCCCCAAAAGGACGCCGUCACGGGCGCCGACCUCGACAAGGCGCACGCCGUGCGCAUCGCCUUUGGCAACGGCCUGCGGCCCGACGUCUGGAAGCGCUUCCAGGACCGCUUCGGCGUCGAGACCAUUGCCGAGUUUUACGGCGCCACCGAGGGCACGCUCGCGACCUGGAACCUGUCGAGCAACGACUUUGGCGUCGGCGCCAUCGGCCGCGCGGGCUGGCUGCUGCGCACCCUCGUCGGCCGCAACACGGCCCUCGUCGAGAUGGACUGGGCGACCGACGCGCCCCGCCGGGACCCGGAAACGGGGCUGUGCCGUCUCGCCGGGCCCGGUACCUCGGGCGAGAUGCUGUUCCGCCUCCCCGAUGGCCCCGACGACGUGGUCGAGGCGCGCUUUCAGGGCUACUUCAAUGACGAGCGCGCCACGCGGGCCAAGAUUCUCCGCAGCGUGUUCCGCCCCGGCGACGCCUGGUUCCGCACGGGCGACGUGCUGCAGCACAACGACGACGGCCUCCUCUUCUUCAUGGACCGCAUCGGCGACACCUUUCGCUGGAAGUCGGAAAACGUCUCCACCGCCGAGGUCAGCCAGGUCAUGGGCCUGCACCCGGCCGUCCGCGAGGCCAACGUCUACGGCGUCGAGCUGCCGCACCACGACGGCCGCGCCGGCUGCGUCACCGUGUGCUUUGAUCCACCCCGGCCGGACGACGACACGCUGCGCAGCCUGGCCGCGCAUCUGCGGGCCACGCUGCCGGCCUACGCCGUGCCUCUGUUUCUGCGCGUCGUGCCGGAGCUCGGCGCCGACACUACCGGCACCAACAAGCAGCAAAAGUACAACCUGCGCAAGCUGGGCGUCAAGCCGACUGCCAAAGAAGACGGCCAGGGCAGCGGCGGCGUCGCCAUGUUCUGGCUCAAGGGUGAUGUGUAUGUGCCGUUUCGUGACAAGGACUGGAAAAGGAUUGAGGCUGGACAGCUUAAGCUGUAG